AUGGGGGCUGGUAUUUCUACAAACGAUGAUGAUCAUGGUGGAUAUCUUUCUUCUUCAAUGACUUGUCUUGAUGAUAUUCCAGAAAGUUGCAUCUCUUCCAUGCUGAUGAAGAUGGAUCCUCAAGAGAUUUGUAAAUUGGCUAGAGUCAACAAAACUUUUCAUAGAGCUUCCUCUGAUGAUUAUGUAUGGGAAUCUAAGUUGCCACAAAGCUAUAAGUUUCUUGUCAAUAAAGUUAUUGAGGAAGAAAAAGUUUGUUCUAUGACUAAGAAAAAGAUCUAUGCUAAACUAUGUCAACCCAAUUUCUUUGAUGAUGGUACAAAAGAAGUUUGGAUAGAUAGAUGUAGUGGGCAAGUUUGUUUGUUGAUAUCAUCAAAAUCUUUGAAGAUAACUGGAAUUGACGAUAGAAGAUAUUGGAAUUAUAUUCCAACUGAGGAAUCAAGGUUUAAAAGUGUUGCAUAUCUUCAACAAAUGUGGUGGGUGGAAGCAUCAGGGGAGCUAGAAUUUGAGUUUCCAAAAGGGAACUAUAGUUUAUUUUUCAAACUUCAAUUGGGAAAGCCCAUAAAGAGAUUGGGCCGAAGAGUAUGCAAUCUUGAAAAAGUACAUGGCUGGGAUAUAAAGCCCAUUAGGUUUCAACUAUCGAUAUCCGACGGUCAGGAUUCGCUCUCACAGUGCUAUUUAAAUGGGCCUGGAGAGUGGGCCUAUUACCAUGCUGGAGACUUUGUCAUUGAGAAGCCUAAUGGGCCCAUUAGUCUUAAAUUUUCUUUGGCCCAAAUUGAUUGCACACACACCAAAGGUGGUCUUUGCAUAGAUGGGGCAGUGAUUUGUCCAAAGGAGUUAGCCCAUAAGUUAAAACAAUUUUAG